CCGCAACGGAUCUUCCCGCCCCGCGGCUGUGAUCGGCGACAACGAGGUGACCCGACUGAUCCGACGGCGCCAACCCGAUCGUAGUGUGUCUGUGAUAUAGCUCAGUGUCUGUGUACUACCCGACCGCCGAAUCCUAGUGUCGCAGGAUAAUGCGUAGUGGUGGUCUACGAUUUCAGUGAUUGAAGACGAAGAAGACGACGAAGACGAUGCAGUCGGUGAACUAGUGUGACAGUGUUAAAAAUCGAUCGUUUCGAGAGAAACCGGUUGGCCGUCCUAAAUAUAACCGGAAAUAAUGGCUAGCGCGACAAUGGGACUCCGUCGCAGAGUGCCGGUGAAUUCGCCAACCCCGUCGGGUCAAUCCGUGUCCGCCUCCGGCGGGUCCAGCAAGCGUUCGAGGUCCGAGAACAACAACAGCCCGUCCCAUGGGAACCUGAACUCGAUGAAUGGCUCCUCGCGGGACGAGCCGCCGACCAAGAAGUCCCGCGGCACCUCGACCAACGCGACCAAGGCUGCCUCCUCGGUGUCCUCUAACUCUUCGUCCCCAGAGGUCAGCCCAACCUCUAAGAGUCGCGGCGGGUCCGUGUCCAGGUCCUCGCAGGCGAAGUCCUCUACUCCGCCGGGUUCUACGGCGGACACCAGCAACGGGCUGUCCGCCAACUGGCCAACUCAGACGAAUAUGUCCGACAUGUCGACCUACGCGACCGUACCUGGUCUCGGCAUGCCCGGUAAUCCUGCCACCGGCCUGUGCGCCGCUGGCCUAAGCAUGCCUACCCCCAUACCGUACAUGUCCUCGUCGAUGGCGACGUUCGUCGGCAACGCGACUAACCUGGGUAAAAGCUCAUCGGUCUCCUACCUGGACAUCUCGAACAUGACCGGCGGAUCGUUGAGUUCGACGGCGUCCGCUGGCCUGGGCUCCGGCUACGUGCCCGGUAACGGGAACGCGGGCAGCGCGAUGGACUCGAAGAACGGCGCCGUGCCCAUCCCGUUUCCCGGCAUCACUUCCGGCGUAAACGGCGCCGAUUACGGCAUGCAGAAGGGCCAGCCGGACAACGUCAGCUUGCCCAAGAAAUUCCAGAACGACGGGAUGUUCAACGCGUACCAGCCGUGGGUGAUCAAGACUUAUGGGGACCUCGCCAAGACCAAGACGAUCACGAUCAAGAAGUACGCGCGUAUAUUGAGAACACUUAGGGGGGAGGAAGUGAACAGUGCGGAGAACAGUAAAUUUCGGUUUUGGGUGAAGAGUAAGGGCUUCCACAUUGGCCAGCCGGAAGGAUACGACGCGAAACCGGCGGACAGGAUUAUCGGGCGUCACGCGGUGACGAGUCCCGGAUUGGAUCCUCCGCUGUACGUGCCCACACAGCUGCCGCACAACAAG